GCCCCGGCCCCGCCGCUCUUUGCGCUGAGCUCCCGAGGCUGGAGGGGCGGCGGUGCUGUCACGUAGCUUCACGCAGUAGCUGCGAGCGCGAACAGGCCGGGCUCUUGCCAUGGGGCACUGUCGCCUCUGCCAUGGGAAGUUCUCCUCACGGAGUCUCCGAAGCAUUUCUGGCAGGGCACCUGGGCAGAGCUCAGACAGACCACCCCCAGGGGAGCGAGUUUUCAUCAGGGACUUCCAGCAUCUGCUGGGGGUGGCUGUCCACCAGGACCCAGCUCUGUCUCAGUUUGUCUGCAAGAACUGCCACACCCAGUUCUACCAGUGCCAUGGCCUCCUCAAGUCCUUCCUGCAGAGAGUCAACGUCUCCCCGACUGGUCACCGGAAGACUUGCACAAAGGUUGGUGCCCAACCCCCACCAGGGGCAGAGGAGGGAGCGUGUCUGGUGGACCUGAUCACUUCGAGCCCCCAGGGCCUACGUGACUUGGUGGCAUGGGUGCAUGGACACGCAACCAGCUGUGGGGCCCUGCCUAACCUCCAGAGGACACUGUCCUCCGAGUACUGUGGUGUUAUCCAAGCCGUGUGGGGCUGUGACCAGGGCCACGACUAUACCAUGGACGCCGACUCCAGCUACGGGGCCCUCUUGCUGGACAGUGCAUUGGCAGUCAAGUGGACAUGGGACAAGGAGAUGGCCCCGUGGCUAACACAGCAUCGGGGGUACAACCCCACUGGGGCUGCCCCUCAGAGCUCCCAGGGCAAAGCGACCACAGCUCCAGCUGAGACCGAGACACUGCCCAGCAUGGACAUGGCCCAACCUCCUGCAGAUGUCAACCCUGUAGGGCCUGGGUUGGGCCCCCCACCUCAGCCAAGCUUCCCCUCAAGUGGGGCCCCAGGGCGAUUGGGUGAGAAGCAGGUUCCAUCUUCAACCUCGGAUGAUCGGGUAAAAGACGAGUUCAGUGACCUUUCUGAGGGGGACAUCCUGAGUGAAGAUGAAAAUGACAAGAAGCAGAAUACCCAGUCCUCGGACGAAUCCUUUGAGCCUUACCCAGAGAAAAAGGUCUCUGGUAAAAAGAGUGAAAGCAAAGAAGCCAAGAAGUCUGAAGAACCAAAAAUUCGAAAGAAACCUGGGCCCAAGCCGGGCUGGAAGAACAAGCCCCGCUGUGAGAGGGAGGAGCUGCCCACCAUCUACAAGUGCCCUCACCAGGGCUGCACGGCCGUGUACCGCGGGGCCGAUGGCAUGAAGAAGCACAUAAAGGAACACCACGAGGAGGUCCGGGAGAGGCCCUGCCCCCACCCUGGCUGCAACAAGGUGUUCAUGAUCGAUCGCUACCUGCAGCGCCACGUGAAGCUCAUCCACACAGAGGUGCGGAACUACAUCUGCGAUGAGUGUGGACAGACCUUCAAGCAACGGAAGCACCUUCUCGUCCACCAGAUGCGCCACUCAGGGGCCAAGCCGCUGCAGUGUGAAGUCUGCGGCUUCCAGUGCCGGCAGCGGGCAUCCCUCAAGUACCACAUGACCAAACACAAGGCUGAGACCGAGCUGGACUUUGCCUGUGACCAGUGUGGCCGGCGGUUUGAGAAGGCCCAUAACCUCAAUGUGCACAUGUCCAUGGUCCACCCUCUGACGCAGACCCAGGACAAGGCCCUGCCCCUGGAGCCACCGCCUGGGACUGUGGAGGGCCAGGCAGUGAAGCCCGAGCCCACCUGAACUCAGGCGGUAAAUGGGGUUAAGACAGUUUCAGUAGUUCCUCAUACGCAACCUGACGGCACAGCUUUGCUCGCUCGCUCCCCUGGAGCCCCCAUGCUGUACCCCCCCCCACCUGUGUGUCAGGAGGGCACUGAUCUGCAGUAUGGUGAAGGUGGGCUCAAUGUGCAACUCACGUAGCCUUUCCAGCCUCUACUCUGGGACCAGAAUUUUCCUACAAAUACUGAGUGACUUGGGGCCAGAUGGAUUUUAAAUAAUUGAUUCCUAUUCCCCACUAAAGCAAUCAAGGAGAUUUGUAAUCCACUUUUUAGUGCAAGAGCUCCAUGUUAUGCUUGUAAUAAAUUAUUUACGAAGGACCUGGGCUGUGCACUGCUCAGGGUCCAGUCAGAAGAGAUGGGGCUCCUGGUAGAGGUCAGCAUCGGGUACCGCCUGCUGUCUGCUCAGGAGGGCGGCACUCACUUCCGGGUCACAGUCUCCACUAGUGGCCAGCAGCUGCAAGAAAACAACUGUGCCUCAGCCCAGUGAAGCCCCAGACACCAGGGCCUGGGGACAGGGAAGCUGGCAACCACAGCCCAACAGGUAAGGGCCACAGUGCAGGUGUUGGGCGCUGGGUUCUCAUUUUAUUUGAGGUGCUGCAGCUUUAACACGCUUAAUGUUGAAACAAUGAUUGGGACUUAACCGCGCACACUCCAAAGCAAACAUCUGAGUGUUACCUCUGCCAUGUUCGAGAAGCUCUUUUUUGGGCACCUAGGUAUUGAUUGCAGCAGAAAAUGACGAGCUUUUGUUAUCAAGCCUACGGGGUCACCCUAGAGAGAGGACAGGCAGAGCCACAGGUCAGGGUGUAUACCGUGAGGGGUCACGAUGCCCCCACCUGCUCACUGUGCCAGGAGAGCUGGCUGCAUGGGUAUGAGCUGUGUCGCCUGCCUGGCCCUGGAGCUCCUGGCUCCUGCUGGCUAGAGCCGAGACUGCACUUGUCUCCCCAGCCACGAAGAGACAGAUGAGCUUUAGGUACAUGUCGACAGCAACGCGCAGGAAGGCAUCUUCCCUCAUGAGGGCAUCUUCAUCAAAGUAGGAGAGGAGGCUGGAGGUAAGAAAGAAGGUUGUACAGAGGUGAGUGGCAGCACAGAGCUGCGACUCAUCUGAGGAAUGAAGCUACAGGCAUCAUUCCCGUUUGCAAGGAGACCCACUGUGGUACUGAUGCAGGAUUGGGGUAGGGGUGACAAGCCCUCCUCUGGCCACACACAGCCCCCCGGUGGGAAGUCCUUCACUGAGAGAGCACUGCCACACUGACUAGAGUAGCAGGUGCAGUUACCUGUAGAAGGCAAACGGCAGCAGCCUGAUGUAUGGAUCUGGGGCCAGGCGGAGGAGGACAUGUCCCAGGCCACCCUCUGCAACCAAAGGGGGAGGGCAGGCUUAACUCGGUGGCUGCCUCCCCACCCCAAGAUCAGUAUGUUCAGGAGACCCAGGGGUCUGGCCGGAGGGGUGGUGGUGUCCUCAUGCUAGAGGGCAGAGCCGGUAGACCCCCCGCACCCCCGCCAUGAUGGCCCAGUGGGCCCCUGGGACCCCCAGUACUCCACUCAACUCUUCCGUUGUUGAGUUUGUACUGCAUUUACCCUAAAGUCUCGUUUAUAUACUUAGCAAGAAGACAGACUUCCAAAAAUGAAUUAGUAAAUUAAGGCCCAAGGGUUCAUACUUAACCAUUCAGAAAUUAUUGUUGAAGAAGGACUCAAUAAAAAGUGGGGAUUGCAGCCUGCCUCUGCUGGGUGGUCCCCUGUGUUCCCAGUAGAUGGCUGGUAACUAGGACAGACACAGGCUGUCCCCUGCUCCCAAGUCUUCAGUGGCUACCUCACCUGUCUCUGUCAGCUGAAAGAGCACCAGCCAGGGUAUCUUCCUCUUCUCCAAACACCCCAGGACCUCAGCACAAAUGUCCAAAGCCUUCAGGGAGUCAACAGCCUGUGGCCCAAGAAGAGGGAGACUGCACAGACAGGCACACAGUGGGGAGAGGGGUGACCUCCAGCCCAGAAGUGAGCCUUUGCUCAUUCUGUUGAGUCUUGAAUGGUGACUGUAGGAGGAACAGGUCAGGGACCCCUGUGCCCAAGUUGUGAAAUGAGACCUCAAAGGAGACGACCAGGGCCUAGGGGCUCUCACUUCAAGCCCAAGACUCCUGAGGAGCCCUUCAGUACAAAGGUCCCAGGGCCCUCCUUCCAGAGACCCUACUCAGGAGGUCUAGGGGUGGGAAAGGGUCACCUUACCUGAUGUCUUGAGUGUGGGGUAAGAUGUGAUGAAAGCAGGCCCAUUAAAGAAAAGAAAAACAGGACAAGCAGCAGCUGCAAAGAAAUCCGAUACCCUUAGAACCUUAAAACCACCCAGGCUGUACCCUCAAAAAAUAAUGCAGGCACUGUUCUUUGACCAAACAUUUAUAGGCAGAGGGCAUAAAUCUUUUCUCUAAGUGGAUCUUCUCAGGAAGGAAAAUUUUAAAGAGAUGAUUUGAGAAUAAAUUCUUACAGACUUUCCUUUCAUACGUGCCUUUAAACACAGCUUGGAAAAGUGACCGCAGGAAAGAACCGUGCUGUGGCUGAGGGUGUCCAUAUGUGCUAGCUGCCGGUACCACCCCCAGCCCAGCCCCACCCCUGAGUUCCUUGUCUGGAAGGGUGUUUGUAAAAUCCCUACAGGUCCCCUCCUGACCCAAGGCAGGGGUCCACCUCUUCCCAGCCCCCUGGGGUGCUCCCAGGCUGGCUGGGGUCUCUCUGGACACCUCCCCUCAGCACACACAGGCCUAGGAGGCUUGGAGCCUCUGAAAUCACUGUCAACAAAAACAAAAGAACCUCCCUUGUGGGUUUGUUGUUGUUGUUGUUUUUAACAUAAAAUUACCAAAAACCUCAGCCAGGCCCAGAUGUCCUGAGCUGACAGGUUGAUUUCCAGUGUGGAAAUGGUGUGGCUGGAGGAGAGAUGAAGGGACUAAGGCUGUGGGAACGGGGCAGCUGGUGACAGCCCUGCCCUGUUUGCGGAGGAUAAAAACAAGCUAAGCAAAAUCAGAAGUGAAACACAUAAGGUAUUCUUUCUACCAGUAAACUUGAGUCAAAUAUUACUAAAUCUAUAAACCUGGUAAAUUUUACUUCCUAAUAAAGUCAGAAGAAUGCCACACUUCCUGUCUGUCCUUGGAAAAGCACAGUUCAUUAGGUGAACCCUGAGAAACACAGCUGAUCGGAACACUGAUUAAAAACAAACUUGCUUGAAAAGUAA